AUGUCCUCAUCCGACAAACCUCCCACGACAACAGCGCGACCCAAUCAACCACCAGGGAUGGCACUUCUCGUCUACCCAGUGACCUUGAUUGUCGGUUCGCUAUUUUCCGUCCUCUCUCCGACAGCCCAGGGCUCCCGCGAUCAUGCCAUUGACCAGACCGGCCCCUUGGCUCCUACGAUCGCCGCCGAUCUGAACCUGCCACAACCGCCCGUCAACUACUUUGCUCGCAAGGACAACAUCUUCAACGUUUACUUCGUCAAGGUUGGAUGGCUAUGGACUACUCUGGCAUUCUCUUUCCUACUCUUCUCCCUCCCCUCCUACGCGGCCCCCUCGAGCCACCAACCGCGACGGAUCGGCCAGGCCAUCGCCCGAUACGCCCUGGCCACCCUAGUCUGGUAUCUGACCACGCAGUGGUUCUUCGGACCGGCCAUCAUCGAUCGCAGCUUCGUGUUCACGGGCGGGAAAUGUGAGCGCAUGGUUCCGCUGGCCGAGGGCGAGGACUCGCCGAGCCUCCAUACAUUGUUCACGGCCGCGGCGUGCAAAUCGGCUGGUGGAUCUUGGCGAGGCGGUCACGAUGUGAGCGGGCAUGUGUUCAUGCUGGUGUUGGCGACGUCGAUGCUGGUUUUUGAAACGGUCGGGGCGCUGGCAUCGGAAAAUGGAGCUAAGAAGGCGGACAAUGGAGACGAGUCGUCUGUCGCGCUCAAGAAAUUGUCGGUGAGGUUUGCCUGGGCGGUUUCUGGGCUGGGAUGGUGGAUGCUUUUGAUGACUGCUAUCUGGUUUCAUACGUGGUUUGAGAAGUUGACUGGGCUCUUGAUUGCGUUGGGAACGGUCUACACCAUUUAUGUCCUCCCCCGACGAAAUAUCCCCUGGAGAGACGCGGUGGGCCUUCCGGGUGUAUAG